AUGACGGAGAAUGAUAUUAGAGAGGCUUAUAAGGGUUAUAAUAAGGAUGUCAACAACGCCUGUAAUUUAACGAAACAAGAAGAGACUACUUUAUGUAGGAUUUUGUCCACUGGAAACAUUAGAAUUAUGAAACCCGACAAGGGUAGUGGCAUAGUAAUUGUGGAUAAUAAUGAUUACAUUUCUUACAUGAAUGCCAUGUUGACAGAAAAUACAUAUAGUGAAAUAAGUAGAAAUGAGAUCAACAUAGCACAUAAAAGGAUUGAUACAACACUUUUUGAUAUGUUAUAUCAGGGAGAAGUGGACGAACAUGAAUGGCGUUUUUUGCAAAAUGAAUUUCCGGUGAUUAGUGGUAUCUUUGGGAUACCCAAAAUUCACAAGGGGUUGGACAAUUUGAACUUUAGACCAAUAGUGGAUGUUAUGGACAAGCUAUCUGAGAUUUUUAACUCAAGUGUCUUGGCUUUUCUCUCCAUACCUACUUCAUCUUCCAAUGACAGCUUGCAUCCUGAAACUGCUCUUCUUCCUCAGUUUACUGGUGCUACAUUAGUGGUUCUUGCUGUAAUGAUGGCAACAGCAGCAGUUUUGAUAACGGUUGGAAAUGUGUUGGUUUUACUUGCCUUUGUAGUAGAUAAAAGACUUAGAACACAGAGCAACUUAUAUCUUCUGAGCUUGGCUCUAUGUGACCUUUCUGUAGGUGUAGUCUCCAUUCCUUUUUCCAUACCAUAUGAGUUAUAUGGAAUUUGGAUGCUUGGAAAAACACUUUGCAAGUUCUGGAUGGUAAUGGAUUACACUGCCUGUGCAGCUUCAGUUUUUACCAUUGUUGUUAUCAGUUAUGAUCGACACUUCUCUGUCACUAAACCAGUUGCAUAUCGAGCUCAACAACAGAAGACAUGUAACACCAUGACUAAGAUUGCGGCGGUAUGGCUGCUUGCAUUUAUAAUUUAUGGUCCAGCCCUCAUCUUUUGGGACAUUAUCACAGGACAAUCACAAGUACCCAAUGAACAAUGUUUUGCUGAAUUUGAGUUUAGCUGGCACUUUUCAGUUUGCAUUUUAACAUGCAAUUUUUUCAUUCCCUUCUGCAGUGUAAGUUAUUUCAGCAUAGGUAUAUGCUGGAAUAUCAAAAAGAGAGCUAAAAAUAAACAAAUCAAAGUUAUUAAUAACUUGCAACAGGACAGUGAAGAACAAGUAGCAAUUUUAUCCUUUAUAAAACUGUAUAAGGUUUCGCUAAAGGAAAGGCUAGCUCACUCAUCCUCUUCAAAGGAAUCUGUGCUUUCCAAGUCUGCACAGGCUCCAUCAGUGCAAAAAAUGGAGAAAAACUGUAGUAAUAUGAAUAUCAGGUCCGUCUCUUCAGCAGUAUGUGAGCAGAAAACACCACCUCAAAACUCUGCAUUAAGGCUGUCCAAGGACAAAAAAAUAGCAAAGUCUCUUGCUCUGCUUAUUUGCAUUUUUGGCAUUUGCCAGGCACCGUACAUGCUGUUUGCUAUUAUUAAUUCAGUCAGUUGGAAUGACAAUGAAUAUUACUGGACUUUUAUCACAGUAUGGUGUGUGUGGCUGAACUCUUUCAUUAAUCCUAUUUUGUAUCCUUUGUGUCACGGCAGUUUCAGAAGAGCAUUCUAUAAAAUAUUUGGCUUUAAGUAA